AUGUCAAUGAAUCCUCUUUUGAAACUUUUACCCAGAUCAUGCUACAAAUCGCUGUCUAAACCAGAUAUAGACAACUCACAGAAUUUAAAUUCAAAAAGAUUGUUUGUUUAACACUAAAAUGAAGCAAAGCAUAUCCUGAACCUUCCUAAGGAUAAGAGAAUAAAUUUAGAACGCCAGAUCAUUCAAGAUCUAAAGAUCAUGCUUCAUUAGAAUCAUCAGCAAUAGAUCGCUAUUUCUCAGGGGAAAUAAACAACUCUAUCUUACAAGACGAAGAAGGAGAUUUUGCAAAGUUAAAGCCAAAGAGGAUCCUAAGUUUAAUAAAAGCUAAAUUUCAAAAGCGGCACUAGCAAUCCAGUUUCUCCUGUAAAGACUACAAAGCAGUUGAACUUUGAGAAUCUAAACAACUUCUCAAACAAAAAAAGAAAGUACGAAUAAAUCUCAAGUAAUGAAGAGAUAAAGAUUAACAAUCUACUGCACGGAGAACCUAAGAGAUUUAAGACUGGUCAUGAAUUCCGCAAGCCUUUGUCCACUGCCUCACUUCACACUCAUCAAACACAAAAUCAACUACUCAAGCCUGUCAAUAAAUUAGAGUCUAUAAAAAGAAAUCUCAUGAAAAUUGAGAGUCAGUCAAACAUGCUUUAUGAUAGUUUAAGAUCAUAAUCGAGCUUAUAAACUAACAAUCAAAGGACUACAAUAAGACCAGUAGUCUAAGCCCACAGUUUUAAAUGA